AUGGCGUUAACGAUCUGCACGAGAUUUACCGACGAAUAUCAGCUGUUUGAGGAGCUGGGGAAGGGAGCCUUUUCUGUGGUCAGAAGGUGUGUGAAGAUCUCUUCUGGCCAAGAGUAUGCUGCCAAAAUCAUCAACACUAAGAAGCUCUCUGCCAGAGAUCAUCAAAAGCUGGAGAGAGAGGCGAGAAUCUGCCGUUUACUGAAACACCCCAACAUUGUGCGCCUUCAUGACAGCAUAUCAGAGGAGGGCUUCCACUAUUUGGUGUUUGACCUUGUGACGGGAGGAGAGCUCUUUGAGGACAUUGUGGCUCGUGAAUACUACAGUGAGGCUGAUGCCAGCCACUGCAUCCAGCAGAUCCUGGAGAGUGUCCAUCACUGCCAUGUUAAUGGGAUCGUCCAUAGGGAUUUGAAGCCUGAGAACCUUCUAUUGGCCAGUAAGCUGAAGGGGGCGGCUGUCAAGUUAGCUGACUUUGGGCUGGCUAUCGAGGUGCAGGGGGACCAGCAGGCAUGGUUUGGCUUUGCUGGUACCCCAGGGUACUUGUCUCCUGAGGUUUUGAGGAAAGAUCCAUAUGGGAAACCAGUGGAUAUGUGGGCUUGCGGAGUGAUUUUGUACAUUCUACUGGUGGGUUAUCCUCCGUUCUGGGAUGAAGACCAGCACCGCCUUUACCAACAAAUCAAGGCUGGAGCCUAUGACUUCCCAUCCCCCGAGUGGGACACCGUAACUCCUGAGGCUAAAGAUCUGAUCAAUAAGAUGCUAACCAUAAACCCCAGUAAACGUAUCACUGCCUCAGAGGCCCUUAAACAUCCCUGGAUCUGCCAACGGUCCACUGUAGCUUCCAUGAUGCACAGGCAGGAGACUGUGGAGUGCCUGAAGAAAUUCAACGCUAGGAGGAAACUCAAGGGGGCUAUACUGACCACUUUGCUGGUCACAAGAAACUUCUCAGCAGCCAAGAGCCUACUGAACAAAAAGUCAGAUGGCGUUAAGGUAAACAACAAAGCAAACACAGCGACCAGUCCUAAAGACACUGGCCCUGCCCCUGCACUGGAACCACAGACGACUGUGAUCCACAACCCUGUGGAUGGAAACAAGGAGUCUAUUGAGAGUGCCAGCACCACCAUAGAAGAUGAGGAUGUUAAAGCUCGCAAACAGGAAAUUAUCAAAGUCACUGAGCAGUUGAUUGAAUCUAUCAACAAUGGAGACUUUGAGGCCUAUGCGAAGAUUUGUGAUCCCGGUCUGACUUCUUUUGAGCCCGAGGCAUUGGGAAAUCUGGUUGAAGGGCACGACUUCCAUCGCUUUUACUUUGAGAAUGCUCUGUCUAAAGGGAACAAGCCAGUGCACACCAUUCUUUUGAACCCACAUGUUCAUCUCAUCGGGGAGAACGCGGCAUGUAUCGCCUACAUUCGCCUGACCCAGUACAUGGAUGGCAGUGGCAUGCCUCGCACCAUGCAGUCUGAAGAGACCCGCGUGUGGCACCGCCGUGACGGCAAGUGGCAGAACAUCCACUUCCAUCGCUCUGGAUCACCCAGCAUCCCUUCCAAGUAA